GUGAGCUUUUAUUUUUAAACAAAAAUUAUGUGCCUAAUAACGAUCACCAUUUGCUCCAACGCAUAGGGAGCACUACCGGUCCAGUAGAUCGUUAGCCGUGGUAUUGUGCCGUUGGAUUAAAAACGCGGCGGUUUCGGCGCUAAUAUAUAAAUAUAACUUUAUACGACGUUAGAGCAAAAAUUCACCUGAAGCAUACAUAUUAUGCUAAUAUAUAGUCACAAUAAGUUAGGCAUAUUUUUUUACUAGUUCAUAUAACUUAACUGCCUAAUUUUAUUUAAAAAUAUAAAAAGAAUAAUAAUAAUUAGUGCAAAAAAGUGAGUGAGAAUUGAUAGAACAGGUGCGGUUAACAGAAAGGAAAAGGGUGCGGUGAAAAAUGUCCGGUGACGUGCAGCCGCGUAAGCGAAAGGAUAAGAAAAAGAAACGUGAUGGCUUCGAUCGUAAAUCGGAGGGUGAAUUAUCUUUUUCGCGUCAUUCAAGCUUUGAAGAGGAUGAGUCUUCGCAUGGCGUCCACAUCACCAAGAUGGGCAGCGAAGAUGUCCACUUUCAUGUGCAGCACGAACACGGCACUGGCGGCCAUUGGUGCGCGAAGAUAUUCUUCUUUUCACUAUUGGCCAUACUAUUUGGUCUUGUUGGCUUGAUUAUACUGGAGAAUCGCGGCAUAUCCGAUUUGGACACGCCGUUAUCAGAGUCACGUUUCUCGAAUUAUUUCGACGGUUGGGUGGAUGAGAGUCGGCAAGAGCAUGACGAUCACGAUCCCGUGCAGGCGUCAAUAGAAGAACAUGACGAGCAUGACGAACCAUUCGAAGAGGAGGAAGAUCACUCUGAAUUGGAUGAAGAUGCCGAUGAAGAGCAUGAUGAUGAAGAUGAUGAUGAGCAUGAUGCAGAAGAAGAAGAUGCCACCACGGAACAAACGAAAGAGGAAGAAGAGGAUGAGGAUAAUGAUGAAAAAGAUGAAGAUAACGAUAAUGAUGAUGAAGACGAUGAAGAAGAUGCAACCGCAGAGGCUACUGUAGAACAAAGUAUCGAAGAAGAAGAUAAUGAUGAUGAGAAUGAUGUCGGUAAUGACAAUAAGGAUGAUGAGGAGGAAGAUGAUGACGAUGAAGAAGCUGAUGAUAAUGAUGAGGAGAAUGAAGAUGAGAAAACCGCCGAAGUUAGUCAAGAAGCAAAUGACGAUGAUAAGGAUGAUAAUGAUAAUGAAGACGAAGAAAAUGAUAGCAAAGCUAAUGCGGCUGAUGAAGAUGAUGAUGACGACGCUGAUAAUGAUAAUGAUGAUAAUAGCGUCGAACCCAUCUAUGAGCGCUCCACGCAACAAACCAGUCAACGUUCCACCGGCAAUAGCGCCGCUGCCGUUGACGAUGAUGAUGAUGCUUUUGAUGAGGAAGAUGAUGACGAUGAGACCAACGACUCCGUAGAGAAUGUUGUCGAUAAUGACGCAGAGGAGCUUUUGUUGUUACAACAAAAAGCGCGACAACAAGCAGCGGAGGCAGCAAAGAAUGCACCGAACUCUGCAGAAAAAGACGACAAAGACGACUCAGCUGAAGCGGUGCCAUCUUGGGCCUCAUCUCAAAUCAAGCCAAAGGAAGAAUUAGGUGGUGGACCCCAAGCUCAGAACGAUGAUUUUGACUCGUUUGAACACGAGUUGCGCCGUGCAAACGAAGAUCUAAUGCGAGAGAAUUACGCGCUCGCCGAUAAACGUUUUGCCGAACUCGUGCAGCGAUUUCCCGAUCGACCAGCAGCAUUUCUCGGGCAAGCGCGGUUGCUCGAUAAGAUGUCGGAACAGCAGCGUAGCAACAACCUGCUGAAUCAAGCUAUACAGGCGUACAAGCGUUACUUUGCGCUGGGCGACGGCAUCACCGAUCAUGCGCAGUUUCGGAGGGCUGCAGAGCGCUGUAUCGAGCGUAUGCGCUUCAUGGGUCACCACAUGCAGGCGGUGCCCAUACAUCAGCAAUUGAUUGCGCGCUUUACGAAUAAACCGGAUGUGCGGAAUGAAUUGGCCAUCACUUACCUGCUGCAGAAUCGCUUAUCCGAUGCCAAACUAGUGCUACAGGAAGUGCUGCGUCGUUGGCCCAAAGAUGGAUUUGCGCAGGUGCACUAUGGUUUUGUUUUGCGUCAGCUGGAUAAAGAUUAUGAGAAUGCCGUUAUUUACUUGCGUGCGGGCAUCAAUUCGAAAGCGCCGGGCACUCAGGAUGGCCGCUUCUAUUUUAAUCUGGGCGAUUCGUUGCAACGUCUGGGUCGGCAAGCGGAAGCUGUUAAAGUGUAUAAACGCGCCGCUGCUCUGCAACUGUUUCCCUCCGUCUAUCAGCGUUCACUGUACAAUGAACCCGAUUUGCGUGCACAACCCUACUGGACCAAAGCUGAGACUACUUAUGCUGAAUACCUCAACAAAUUGGAACUCAAUUGGCAGGCGAUACGUGAUGAAGCGUUGAGCUUGUUGAGUAGGCGUGGCAAUUAUCUCGACGAAGCUGAAAGCUUGCGUGACACCGGUAAUUGGCAGCAAUACGAGUUGUAUUCACGCGGUCAGCGGCGUGUUAAGAAUUGUCAGAAAGCGCCCAUAACGUGUGGGCUUAUUGAAAAAUUUACAGCGGCAGCUGGCUGUCGACGCGGUCAGGUGAAAUUCAGUAUCAUGCAACCGGGCACGCAUGUUCAUGCUCAUUGCGGCCCGACGAAUUGUCGUUUGCGUGCACAUCUGGGUCUCGUUGUGCCGAAAGGUCCAAGAUUGCGUGUGGCUGAGAAGGAAAGGACUUGGAAGGAGGGUGAAUUUUUGAUAUUCGACGAUAGUUUCGAACACGAGGUUUGGCAUAACGGUACUAGUUUACGCCUUGUUCUGAUCGUUGACGUCUGGCAUCCCGAUUUGAGCGCGAUGAAACGACGAACGCUCUCAGCGAUUUGAUUGAGAAAUGUAGCUACAUAUGUUACACACAUACAUAUGCAGUUGUUGUCGUUAAAAGUUCCUGUUCGCACCACACCAAAUACAUUGCAACGUUAAAUUAAUUAUUACAACAAGAAUAUAUUUUGCUUUUUAAGGCGGCUUUUAUAAAUAGCUUAUUAGAAUCUAAGCUUACACGCUUGCUAACAAGCUAACUAGUUUGCUAAUUGCUGUUAAAAUUUCGUUACUAAAAUUGUGAAUUAAAAUAGUUUAUGAAAAAAAAGUAGAAAAAUGUAACUCAAAGGUAUAUUUUUAAGAUCACUUAGAAGUCAUUGUAUGCGGUUUAAUCUGGAUAAGAGAGAGUUUCUAUGCCACUGCUGAUAUUUAUGUUACUUAAUAUGUAGGUCUAGGUUUUUUCUAUUUUUUUCUGUAAUUUUUUGAUUUUGAAAAACAAAAAAAAAAUAUUAAGAUAAUUAAAAAAAUAGUGUUGUUGAACGUAUUUGCGCAUCGAAGUCAUAAUUAAGAAUAAAAUGUAACAAAAAAAAUAAUUUGAAAUUAAUAUUUUUUUCCGCUUAUCUUCAAUUAAUUUCAUAAAAAAAAAAUAUUUAAAAUUAAAAAUUGUUCUCAAGUUAUUAAAUAAAUAAAUCAUUCUUGGCUUGCAUCACCCUGUGUUUUGUUACAUUUGGUUAGGGCGUUACAAAUUCUCUUGAAUGAACAGUAAGAAUGUAUUCAUUUUUUUUUUAUAAAAAAAUCUUUUAGUCUCUAUUAAAUUAGCAUUAGUACACAGCCCUAUAAUUACUAUAAGUUUUAAUAUUUAUUUAUUCAUGUAUAAAGACAGUUGUGUAAACUUAUUAUUAACCGAACGAAAGCAAUUUAAUAUUAUACAAUUACGUUUAAUACAAAAGCCACUGUGAACAUAAUUUAAAACCAAACAAAUGUGUUGUACUCGUAAAUAUGAAUUUUUAAUAAAUUUGCUUUCCUUUUCUACACCGA